AAGAGGGACAGCUUCAUGACACACUACAGAGACGAUCCUCCAAUCGCUGGGCAGAUAAACACAAGCCAGCUGAAUGUAUCCGCCCGCGCAUGCGCUCUGCGAUCAUCACAGUAUGAAGAGUGCAGUGCUGAAGUAGCGCGAGAGAUGAAGACUCCACCAGACAGGUCAGGAAUCAUCUUUGAGGUCGGAGCUCAGCUAGAAGCCCGAGACCGCCACAAGAACUGGUACGCAUCCACGAUCGAGAAGAUCGACUAUGACAAGGAGCGGGUUCUGAUCCACUACCGCCAGUGGAGCCGCCGGCAUGACGAGUGGUUUCACUGGAGCUCGCCGUACCUGCGGCCGCUGGAGCGAGUCAGCCUGAGGAGGCAGGGCCUGAACGCAUCGUGUUCCCAACCGGUGUUUGUGUCCGGUACGAAGGUUCUGGCCUGUUGGACCGACUGUCGCUUCUACCCGGCUAAAAUCCUCCGAGUCAACAGGGACGACUCCUACACAGUGCGUUUCUAUGACGGCGUGGUUCUGACUGUGAAGCCCACCAAGGUCAAACCUUUCCAGGAAAGGUCCAGAUCUGAGGGGAGUGCGGUUGGAAGCGAGGGAUGGGAGGAAGGGGAGAGCGAGGAGGAAGACGGUGGAGAGAGGCAGGAGGAGGACCAGGAGAAGAAGGAGGAAGAGGAGGAGAAAAUGGAGGAGAAAGUGACAUCAGGGGAGAAAGACGGAGCUGAAGAGGAGGAGGAGAGGAAGAGGAAGGCAGAAGCUUCAUCCUCCCAUCCACCAGCAAAGAAGAAACCAGAUGACAGUAGAGGAGGCGGAGCUCAGAAUGAACCAAUCACAGCUGACUGCUCGCAGCCAGCUCCUGCUAACCCCGCCCACAUCGACAGAGACGUCCUGUUGGAGCGUCAGGCUCACUUGCCCACCACACACAAGUUCAGCCGAGAACCACUGUACAGGGUGAUAAAGAACCAGCCUCCUCCUAUUCUCUCCAUCGAGCUGGACCACAACCCCUUCAAGUGUCCGGCGGCGGGCUGCACCAAGUCGUUCAGGAAGGCCAGCCUGCUGCACUACCACAUCAAGUACUACCACUCCGACCAGCAGCUGGACGAGCGAGGCAGCGAGCAGGAGGCGCCGAGGAGGAAGCGGUCGUCCUCCAAGGGGAGCGACUUUGUGUCAGACACGAAGAGUGAGGAGCAGAGCAGCACCUGUCACCGUGACGACAGGGAGCCCAGCGCCAUGGAGACAGACGACACCAAGAAGGACGGAGGGGGAGAAAAAACCACAGGACAGGACAGAAAGGAGAGGAAGAACUUCCUGAGAGUCAAACUCAAGAAAAAGAAGAAGAAGAAGAAGAAGAAGAAAAGUCAGUCAGGAUUCGGCAGCAGUGACGAUGAGAGCUCGGACAGACCGCCGCUCACUCUGAAGCUGUCCUCCGAACAUCACGACACACUCACACAAAUGGACGACGGCAGCGACUGGUCGACGCUCACAGCGGAGAGCGGAGAGGACACGCCCUCUUGGUCUGUUGCUAUGGAGACAGAGGAGUGUGAGCUGGUGAGGUGUGUGUGUGAGGUGGACGAGGAGAACGACUUCAUGAUCCAGUGUGAGUCGUGUUUGUGUUGGCAGCACGGCACCUGUAUGGGUUUAUACGAAGACAACGUCCCACACAACUACAUCUGCUACUACUGCAGACACACCGCAGGUUGGAGGCGGGCUCAGCGUUUCCUGUCAGAACCUGAUUUGCUGAUAUCCGGUCACAUGUUUGGUCUGUCGUGCGUGAAGGAGAACUACUCGGAGGUCAACGCCUCCAAGAUUUCACACACCAGCCGUCUGCUGGCGCACACACACGGCCUCAAUCAGGUCCUCAGUGGGCUGCAGCUCCAGAUCAGCCUGCUACACUCUCCAUCACACCCCGACCUGCAGCUGUGGAGGUUGCCAUGGAGACGAGAGGAGGGGUCGAGGCUGACGUCCAGCCCGAGAGGAGACACUCCCCUCUGUUACGUCAGCAGCGAGCACUGCUACCAGAAGCCCGGAGCAUCUUGGGAAAAGUCCAAGGAGAGAGAAAAGGAGAUGCAGCCGGCUGCAGUGAAGGAGGAGCAGGAUGCUGAGCAGGAGGAAAUCAAACCUGAGGAUGUGAGAGAGAAACCACCUGAUGCCACGACAGAUACAAACAUCGUGACGCACUCGGACGCACCCAGAGACGCCUGCGUAAAAAAAGAGGGCUGCGCACACACACACACUCAGACACACACGCAGGAGCCUCGUCCAGCGUCGGUGGCCGAGUGUCAGCUGAACCUGCUGGAGCAUGUCGAGUCCCUUCACCACCAGAUCAGCGCCAGGAUGGACCAUAUAGAGCGAGAGCUGGACGUAUUAGAGUCCUGGUUGGACCACUCCGGCGAGCUUGAGCCUCCCGACCCUUUGUCGCGCCUCCCGCAGCUCAAACAGCGAAUCAGGCGGCUGCUGCGCGACCUGUGCACUGUGAGGCACCUGUCGGUGUGGCGCUGACACUGUUCACCUGUUUAACUCUGACCCCUGACCUUUGACCUUUCAAGUCCCCGCCAGCCAAAACAGACUGACUGCGGGGCGGAGCGCGAGAAGACAGAACGAGUCGUAGAGCGACACUCUGAGUCUGAAUAAGAAACUGUGGUUUGUUUACACUCAGUCACGGAACAGCGCCCCCUCUAGUGGAGAAAAGGUGCAACUGCAACCCGACAAGGACGACGCCAUUCUUUUAUAACUGACUGAAGAGGUGAUUUUCUUUGUUAAAUUUCACAGUGUUACCAGUUACGCUGCCAGCAGGACGCCACACGGUGUUUGAUGACUGGCUGCUUGAUUUGGAUUUGGUUUUUUGAUGAGUUGCUAUCAUCCAUGUCGUCAGGACACAAUAACGUUUGUUUGGAUUGUUAACAUUUGUGACCGGACGGACACGGAGCAGCAGUUUACAGCUGAGUUCAGACUGAACGUGACCAGCUCUCUUCUUCUGCUGCGUGACAGCGUCAAAAUGUACCAGCUUACAAACACACACUGACAGGAUUUGGAUCGAUUUUUGAAGAUUGAGAAUUUUGUUUAAAGUUUUCCAUAGUGGUGCUUUUAUAAGUUUGAUAUUUCUCAAGGCAGAGAUUUUGUAAUUUUACUACAAUUAGUCCUGAUUGUAAUAAUCCCUUUAAACAAGUAAAAAACGAGGGCAAACACAUUUUGUGAGGCGCAGUCACAGCAGAAAGCGCCAAGCAAAGUUCAUUUGGACGCAAAAUCUGGGUGGCCACUAACAUGUUAGCCGAGUUAGUAUCAUUAGCAUAGCUCUUUGGCCGUUUACUCCCUUAUAGCAGUUUGUUCUGAGCAUUGUUCAUUUAAUUCAGUGAAAAGUUAAUAAAGAGCUAAUCGGCUUGCUACCCGCUAUCAUCAGUUAACAAGCCAGUCAGCUCACCCUCAUCUGUUAAAGUGUGUAAACUGUGUUUCUGUUGCUGGUCGGUUUCCACACCAACAGAAGCUUUGAUUUAACUGCAUCCUGACACGCAGCUCAUAAUCCAAAAUGGCUUCCUUAGUUUAGGAAGCUCCGUUUCUGCAGCUCAGAUUUUUGUGUCUGUGUUCAUGAGAGCUGAGCAGAUCGACUUUUUUCCUGCACGAGAAAAUCUGACCGGAUUUUGCAGCAGUUUUAAAGCGUUUUUAAACGCUGCUGUGACCGGGUCAUUGCAGGACAUGUUGAAAAGCUGUAAUCCAUAAAUGUGCAGACGUCAUCGCCCUCCGCGGCUGUGAGAGGUCGUCCAAAUAUAAUCUACACACAGAUGGAUAUAUUAAGGAUUUAUAGGAGACACUAUGCUUUGAAGUAAUUUCCUCACUUUUCUCUGACUUUCCUCUUUUUUGACUUUGCUUUUUAAGGUUUUAUUGUGAAUUCUUCUACUUUUCUAAAUUUAUAUCGAUGGUUUUAAUUUCUUUCUGACUUAACAAAGAAAAAUGUCAAUGAUUCCUCUGACAAACAGCAUUUGGAAGUUCAUUCUUGACAUCUGGGAACAGCAUCAGUAUAUGUGACCUUCUUUAACAACCAGCCGGCUUGUGUGAGUUGUUGUAUGUUCUGUUUCUUUCAGAUGAAUCUCAGCACACUGAACAAAAUCUCUUCUGUACAGAGUUAACUCAUGACAGACGAGUUCUGCUGCAGUGUUGUCAGUAUUUCAUGUUGCAGCCGUUCCAGUUAGUUUCAGAAACUGCUUUCAGAAACUUUUCCUCUGUUAUGACACAAAAUCUGUUUUAAAAUGUAAAUAUGUCAAAUCGAAUGUUUUAUACACUUGUACAAGAAACUAACUGUAUAAAGCUGUAGAUCUAUUUUGAUAGAGA